CUGAGAAGUUUCUCAUGGCUUUAACUGCGCAGGAGAUGGAGUUUAGAGAGAGAGAGAGAGAGAGAGAGAGAGAGAUGUGGGGGGGGACUGAGGGGACGGGGGUGGAGGCGAGCUCUGCGCAGGAGCUCUAAGUAUAGACGGAGCGCGGCGGAGGCAGGAGCACCAUCAGCACCGUGAAGCGUCACACCGAGGCGCGCUGAUGCUCCGCAGAACGACGGUGGCGAAAGUUGGGCGACCGUCUUCCAACAGCGUCCGGCGCAGCGAAUCCCCCGCAUCCAGCCGGGAGGCGAACCGAGCGCGGGUCUGGAGAGUCUGAAGAGCCCGGAGUCCAGAGCAAAGCGCGAGUCCUGUGCCGAGCCAGCUGGAAACCACGGACGUUUGCUGCGAUUUUGCGUUUUUUCCCCCACACGUGUUCGAAACAGGCGCGCGGAGGCGUGGAGUGAAAGUCGGAGACGUGCAUUAUUAUCCCAUGAAAGGCGCGCGCGUAAGUCGUGAGGCGCACGGAGAGAGAGAAAGCUCCUACACGUAGCCGUACACGUAGCGGCGCGCGUACCUGUACAGGUGCCCCAACAGCUGACUUGAACCUUUCAGCCAUGCGGAACAGAAGGCAUCUCCUCGCAGACGCAGAGUGAACUGGUGACGGUGGGUAGUGAAAGAAGCCAAAAAAGAGUCUAAAGAAGCCGCAUAUACACGUACAAAACGAGAGCGCUCGGUACGUUCCGUCUAAUCAAGCUCGACGUGAUGUCGGCGCUGAGGAAGAAGUUCGGGGACGACUACCAGGUGGUCACAACGUCCUCGAGCGGAGCCGGCUUCAACCCGGCGGCCGCCGAGAAAAAGAAGAAGCGGCAGCGCUUCGUGGACAAGAACGGCCGCUGUAACGUGCAGCACGGGAACCUGGGCGGCGAGACCAGCCGCUACCUGUCCGACCUCUUCACCACGCUGGUGGACCUCAAGUGGCGCUGGAACCUCUUCAUCUUCAUCCUCACCUACACGGUGGCCUGGCUCUUCAUGGCCUCCAUGUGGUGGGUGAUCGCCUUCAUCCGUGGAGACCUGGAACGUGAAAAGACGCACGACGACAAGUACACGCCGUGCGUGGCCAACGUCUACAACUUCCCCUCAGCCUUCCUCUUCUUUAUCGAGACCGAGGCUACCAUCGGCUACGGCUACCGCUACAUCACGGACAAGUGCCCCGAGGGCAUCAUCCUCUUCCUCUUCCAGUCCAUCCUGGGCUCCAUCGUGGACGCCUUUCUCAUCGGCUGCAUGUUUAUCAAAAUGUCGCAGCCCAAGAAGCGCGCGGAGACGCUGAUGUUCAGCGAGCACGCGGCUAUCUCCAUGCGGGACGGCAAGCUGACCCUCAUGUUCCGAGUGGGCAACCUGAGGAACAGCCACAUGGUGUCUGCGCAGAUCCGCUGCAAGCUUCUCAAAUCUCGACAGACUCCCGAAGGUGAAUUUCUGCCUCUGGAUCAGCUGGAGCUGGACGUCGGCUUCAGCACUGGUGCAGACCAGCUCUUCCUGGUGUCCCCUUUGACCAUUUGCCACGUGAUUGACUCAAAGAGCCCAUUCUAUGACCUGUCCCUCAGGUCCAUGCAGACGGAGCAGUUUGAGAUCGUGGUGAUCCUGGAGGGCAUCGUGGAGACCACUGGCAUGACAUGCCAGGCCCGGACUUCGUACACAGAGGACGAGGUCCUGUGGGGUCACCGCUUCUUCCCAGUCAUCUCUCUGGAGGAGGGCUUCUUCAAGGUGGACUACUCCCAGUUCCAUGGCACCUUCGAGGUGCCCACACCCCCCCACAGUGUCAAAGAACAGGAGGAAAGUUUGCUGCUUUCCUCGCCCCUCACAGCCCCUUCCCUCUGCCACAGCACCGGCGGACUGACCGAAGGAAGCGGGACACUUGAAGGCCUAGAGUUGCAGAGCGAUGCAGAAACUGCCUCGGUCAACAUGGCCGCACCCCUUACCACUACCAAGCUCCCAGCCAAGCUGCAGAAGCUGACGGGCCGGGACGGCGGUGGAAGAGAGGGCAUGCCUCGCAAGCUGCUCCGCAUGAGCUCUGAAAUCACGUACAACCUAGGAGACCUCCCCGUCAAGCUCCAGCGGAUAAGCUCCGCCCCCGGCGUGGCCGAAGAAAGGCUGCCCCCCAUCGGCUCCCUGCUCAGUCCUAUGGAGGACAAGCUGCCUUCCAAGCUAGGGCUGCUGGGUGGGAUUGAACCAAUCAGCCAAUCGGUGACUGACCUGCCUCCUAAGCUGCAGCGGUUGGCUGGAGGGGUAGGAGGGGUCGGGAUUGGUGGGAGAAUGGACGGUCAUCUGCCGCCUAAACUCCGGAAGAUGAACUCAGAGAGGUUCACGGGGUUAAGUCUGAAAUGAACUGACUUGCACUGAACCCACAUUUACCUCCUUUGUAAUUCACAGCUGAAUAAAAUGGACAAUGAUGUUAAAGUGGUACUUCAGAGAAAAAUCUAAUUGACACUAUUUCCUCUUUACCUCAAAUGUAGUCAGUAAGCCAAGACAUGUUUAAUAUUGGAAGUUCGCCUUUUUAGGGGCUAUAGUUGUCAUCAAACUAACAAGUAGUGGAAAAUUAUAGCUACCAGUUUAGCACUGAACAAGGUACAUUCUUCAUCCCAAAGCCUCUUGCAUUUAUAGUGUCAAGUUUUUAUACGUUUCUAGCUCUGAAUGGCUGUGUUUGGUCUUGGAAAACAGUUCAUUAGUUCAUAUUUUUAUUCAAUAAAUAUAACCAGACAGCAUUUUGCAAUCUAAAAAAUCCAUCUCAACACAAGCUAUUGCUGGUAGUUGGUUUCAUUUGGUCUAAGCUGGCCUUUAAUGGUCGAGGUGGUUAAAAAAAGCUGGUUGUCCAGGAGAAAGUAUACCAUAUACUGGUAAAAUCUGGUUAAUCAACUUAUUUGGUCAUGCUGGUUACUCUGAUCAACUAGCAUGAUCAAGCUUUGUCUUACUGGUUGCUUAGCUUGAGCUGGCCAUGCUGUUUUUUCAGCAUCAAGUAAUGGUUCAAAUAACCCAAAUCAGCCAUGAAUAUAUUCCACACUUUCUGUGUGAUGCUAACAGACAAGGUUCAGUAUACUUGCAUAUUUAAGAAGAUUUCUCAAGCUUUUCUGUACCUGCUGUUUUUACCAGUAUAUUACUUAUCUCAAAGCAUUUUUUGUUAACGUGUUCCCAGAGUGGCAAUAUUUUAGUCUUUAUUCACAACUUAAGACUGAGUGUUCAGAUUUCCUCCCCUGGUUGAAAUUCUUACUCUGAAAGUUUGGAGAGCCUUACCAAUCCCAAAUUUAAAAUCCAAGAUGGCACUGCCUGCACAGCAACAGUAGAAAAAGCAAAGCAAUGGUGUUAUACAGUUAGUAUCACUUCUGUCUAGUUUCUCAUUAAAUCAUACACACAGUACUGUCUAUGUGUGGACAUAAAUUCAUGGUGUUUAGAUGCACAAAAUCCUGCCUAAUUAAUUAUGGAAUUAGCAACUGGAAUUGCUAACAUUGCUAACCUAGGAUAAUGCUAACAAUGAUAACCAGUCUAUUCAUAAAUAUGGUACACAAUAUUCAAUAUAAAUAUUUCUGUUUUCUGUUAAAUAAAUCUGUUUUGAAAAAGUGUACAAUUAUCUUAGUGUUUAAUUGGAACACCAUCUGACAUGUAUUUUUUCAGGUAAAUGGGACACAAUUCUUGUUAGUUACAUUUGCCUUGUAGCACGAGUGUAAAACUAAAGAAGCACCAAACACGUCUUGGCUGAUCAACUACAUUUGCUGUAAGGGAGGAACAUUAUAAAAUAAAAGAGUUUUGGACUGAAGCAUUGCUUUAAAUAAGCAACAUUUUAUAUAUAAAUAAUAAUAUCCUGAUAUUCCUCAGCACAAUCCGGCAUGUUUUUUUGUUUUCACCAAGAGCAUGAAAUAAGGAAACAUUUAACAGAUAAUCAAUACAAAAACACAUUAUUUAUCAAUGUUCAACAAUGUUCAGCUCCACUUAUAGCCUCAUAGUCCACAGCCUACCACUACUGGUGUUCUUAUCAGAUGUUAAAUUUAUAUGUUUAUGUUGAAACGUCAUGUAGAUGUAGACAUGUAGGAUUUGUCAUCCAAGUUGGUUUGAGGUUUGUCGAAGAACGACUCUCUACACCCAUCAUCUCUCCAGUAUUCCCCCAGUCAUUAAAACGAUGUUGAAAAAACAUCAGAGCUUUCUUUGAAACUAUGCUCUAUUUUGGUUAAACGUGGUUAUUUGCCACAUGCACAGUAAUGCGUAUAUGAGUGUCAUAAUCCUUUAAAGUGUUUAAAUAACAGUUUUCUUGACAAUAUUAAGUGAAUUCCUUGUCAAGCCUUCCAUCUUGGGAUAACCCUGAAUGUCAAAAUAACUUUUGGUAUUUUCAAGGGACUAAAGACAUAUUCAUUAUUAUUUCAUUUUCUUUUUAUUUGGAUGGUUCAUUAUAGGUGCCUCAGAGGUGCUAACAUAAAAUUCACGUAACAUUCAACUCUGUGCUUAUUAAAUGUAACUAAACCCUGAGCUGAAUGUAACUGAUUCUCUAUAGAACCCAAUCCUAACCCAAACCUCAGUUUUAAAUCUAACCCUAAACCUAGACUUAAAAUUUGUUAAGAUAGAGUUUGGGUUAGAAAUGGAUGGAGGGUUACUUUUAAUACAGAUUUACUUUCACCUUAGAGUUUAGUUACAUAUAAUAGAAAUUCAGUUGAAUGUCAGUUGAGGCGUCUAUAGUGAAGCAUCCAAGUAGAGUUUUUUCAUAUUGACUCCAUAUUUAGUUGAGGUCAAGCUUAAGGUAAGAUAAUUUUAGAAAACCCUAGUGUAUAUUUGAUAUAGAGAUAAAAUUAACAAAUUGACAAGUGUACACAAGUGAAAAUGAAAAUUUUCUAAGCUGGAAAAUAUCAAUAUAAAUAGUCAAAAGGGCAAAAUGCACAGUAUUUUUAUAAUGAUCUAUACAUUUUUCUGUAGCCACUUGAAAAAUUAAUCUUUUCACUUUUCACUCUCAACCAAAAAUGGAACGUAGUUUCACCGAACAGCUCUAUUGAAUUUUGAAUGUCUUUUGAACAGCAUCGUGCUGGAGGGGUUGUCUGUGCUCCUGGAUUUAUGGUAAGAAACGUAAAACGUUUGGAAUGUUGUUGUGCCUAAAUUAGCCAUUAGCUUCUUGUGUCGAUUCUGAUGUUAUCAGACCUACACGAAGCAGCACAAAGCACAGAGAAGAAGCACAGAGAAGAAGCACAGAGGCGCCCACAGGUCACUUUCAAGGAAUGGACUCACUUUGGACAUCAUUUCUGUGAAACUCCCCGUUACACUCCUGCAUGUUCCGUAUCUGUUUCAUGAGCAUAACAGAUGACUCUGAAUAAUCAAUGAAUAAGCCUUAACUAAUAAUGAGUUUCGCCGCUGUACGAUAUGAUAAUAUGUUUCAUUACUGAUUGUUUUCCUCUGUUUAAUGUGUGACAGGAACGGAAUGGGGUGCUUUAUUGUCUCAAGCUGAUGGACAGUGUGUAAAUGAAACAAGAGCAGAAUGAUUGUGUUUAUUUGUUUUACACACAAAAAAGUCAAACCAAAUUUUUGUGUUUGAAAACUGAAGCAAUAAUUGAAUCGGAUUUUGGCGAUACACUGGAUUGGACAAUCUUGUACCUGUGUUACGUUAAUGUUUGCUGGUUUUUACAAAUGUUCAGUUUGACUCAAUACAUUUAGAGCUGCUUUUGGCCAAAACUGAAUUUGCAGAUUUAUAGUUUAUAAAUGAGAUUUAUAAACAUCUUAAUAAACGUGCAGCACAAAUGUCAAGCCCUUUACACACUUAGAAACUCUUAUGGGGUUACAUUUACCAGCGUUAUUCAGGCUUUAUAUCACUCACACAUGCAACUCUUAACCUCUUUCUGUAAGCAUACAAAUGUUUCUAAUAUUUUAUCAAAUUUUAUCAAACAGAUAUGUUUCUCUUUGGAUUUCCUGAAUUGAUUAGUUUCCAUUUCACAUGGUCCCAAUUCGAUUUGAUUUCUGAUUCAGUUUAAUUUAAUUUGAUAUUGAUUUAUUUCCAAACACAGGUUUUGUUUGAAUAUAAAACAAGAUACUAAUGUUUUAAUUGUACAGCAACAGAAAAAAAAAUAAAUAAAUAAAAAUCCAGAUCACCAUUGGCUGCAAAGAAUUGUUAGAGGCAUUUGAACAAUAGACCACUUGAGAACAUCCUUUGGUUUGCUCUUAUAGACACAUACUAACUUGUGUUUUGAAGGGCGCUGAUUAAAAGAUUGCCAAAGUGAACGAGGCCACACAGUAGGUCCAGUAUGUGCUACUGGAAGGUUUUAGUUUGAUCAUGAGUGGUACGUGGC